AGCUCACAAGGGAAAAAAAAAAAAAAAAAAAAACGACGGAUCUCGAGCUUGCCCACGACCCGACGUACGAUUCACCGAUGGAGGUCGACGGCGAGUCGUGCAAGUCAUGGGCAUGGUGGCUGGACGCGCUGCAGGCGAUGCGGAUGACAUACUCGAUUCCCAUGGACGCCAAGGAAGCGAGGAUACGUGCAGACGUAGCGGAGGCGACGCUCAGAUUGGAGGCGGCGGAGGCUCUGCGGAAGGGUCAGCUGAUGAGGUGGAUCGGCAGGAGGAGAGACCCGGAGCUGCUCCGAGUGGCGGCCGAGGAGGCAAGCAGGAUGGACCGGCUGCACGACGAGCUGACGGCGGUGAGCAGAUGGGCCAAGACCAAGGACCCCAAGGCAGCGGCGUACCGGGAGCAGCUGGACGACAAGCGGACAGAGAUGUACCUGAGGACGGAGACGGAGGAGAGACAGGUCAAGAGCGAGGGCCGGUCGGACGGCGACAUGGAGGCCCGCGAGGCUUGCGAAUAUCGCAGCAAAUGGAAAUCCUUGCACUCAUAUUACCGUGGCGGCUCUUACGACGACACCACGGCUAUCCCUGCUAUGCCUUACACCGACGAUAUCAGCGGAGCCAACCAUCGGACCGUUGGCCUGACUGGAACUCUGCAGAUUUUUUCCUUCAAAGUCACGGCGAUAGCCGAGGAGUUGAGAUGGCCACUGGAUGUGUAUGGCUUGAUCGCCAUAAGAGACUACGUGGACCGUCGGCGCAACAUUAUUUUUGCACGCUCCAGGGAUAACUGCCAAACUAUCACAUCUCAGGUAUGCAUUGUCUCUGCCUACUCAUAUUUUGUUGUUGCUUCAAAGUUGUAUUAGACUGGACUAGCUUGGACUAAAUGUGCACACACCUCUACCAAUAUACACUUUGUUCUCCUUUACUAAACCAUCAUACCAAUGUCUUUAUUUACCACUCUUUAUGGCAUGCACCUAAUCAUUACGCCAUUUUUCCACUAUUGUGCCUUAAAUUGAAUAACAAAUGCUUCUGUACAUUUCUAAUACUCCC